CCCACAAAUCUUAGAUCAGGAGUGCCAAUUGUCUAAAAUACCCACCUUGAGAGCUGAACUAUCUUAUCUUGAUCAACCAUUUUCUCAUAAAUCUAUGGGCACUUAUGAAAUGUAUCAGGCUUUAGGUGAGAAUACCUUCCUUGAGAGGUAAGGCACACUUGAAUGGUAAAAUCAAGCAAAUCCAAUAUAACGACUCCUCUCCAUGCUAGACUUUCACUUGAAGCAGAUCAGGGAAAGAGAAUGCCGAUAGAUAACGAUGAAUCAAGAGUAUUAUCCUUUAUCAGAAAAGAACUCGAAGCAACUCUGGCAAGGAACAAUUUGCUGGAGAAAGAAAAUCAGGAGCUAAAACAGGAAGUGGCCCGGCUAAAAGCACAAGUAGGCGCACUCAAAGCACAUGAUAAUGAGAGGAAAACCAUGCUGUGGAAGAAGUUGCAGAACUCUAUGGAUGGCAGAAACACAGAUAAGUAUCCACAGAAACCAUCAGCUCUACUUGAAAUUGCAGAUCGAAGGCUUGAAGUGGAGAAUUUGAAGCCAGUUGAAGAUUUUCUGGAAUCAGCCAUUGAAAAGGGAAAGCCAGCGAGAGUACCAAAACCACCAGGCCAAAUGCCAACUACUUCCACCCAUUCACACAAAGUCCUGUCAGCACCAGCACCGCCGCCGCCGCCACUACCUUCAAACUUGCUAGUUCGAUCAAAAGCAGUGCGUCGCGUGCCAGAGGUGAUAGAGUUCUACAGAAUGAUUAUGAAGAGAGACUCCCAGAAGGAGAACAAAACAAAUCUGACAGGAACAAUGCCAGACAUAAAUCCAAGGAACAUGAUAGGAGAAAUUGAAAACAGAUCAACUCAUUUGCUGGCUAUAAAGUCAGAUGUGGAAACUCGAGGGGAAUCUAUAAAACUCUUAACAAGGGCUGUUGAGACUGCAGCUUUUACAGAAAUGUCUGAUGUGGAGGCAUUUGUAAAAUGGCUGGAUGGAGAGCUAUCCCACCUGGUUGAUGAAAGAGCUGUAUUGAAGCACUUCCCACAAUGGCCAGAGAGAAAAGCAGAUGCAUUAAGAGAAGCUGCUUUCACAUACCAGGACCUGAAAAAUCUUUACUCCGAAGUUUCAACAUUCAAGGACAAUCCAAAGCAGCUUCUUAUAGAGUCCCUAAGAAGGAUGCAGACAUUGCAAGACAGAUUGGAACAAAGUGUUAACAACAUUGAAAGAGUCAGAGAAGGUACCAGCAAAAGAUAUCGGGAGUUCUGUAUCCCUUGUGGAUGGAUGCUAGACGGUGGUCUGAUUGGGCAGAUGAAGCUAAGUUCACUGACAUUGACAAAGGCAUACAUGAGAAGGGUAGCCAAAGAACUGCAGAACAAUGAAUCUUCACAAGAAGACCUUCUGCUACAAGGUGUUCGAUUUGCUUUUCGAGUACACCAGUUUGCAGGUGGCUUUGAUGCAGAAACCAAGCAUGCAUUUGAAGAACUACGGAAGGUUGGAACUUGUCAACAAAAACAAUAGCACUUUGCUAGAAAACAAAGGAUCUAACAGUAUGUAGGGUGAAAGACUACCUUAUUGCAAAU